AAUACAUUCUUGAAAGCAACCUGGUUCUGCUUAACACUUGAAUUUCGAAAAAAAAAAGAGGCAAAGGAGGGAGCAGCAGCUUGGAGAGGGUGUACGCGAGCUCGCUUUUUUUAUUCCUGCAUUCCUGGACACCAAUCAAAAGAGCAAAUCAAGGGAGGUGGAAGGGGGGAAAGGCAGCGAGCGAGGCAGCCGGAGCGUGGUGCGACCCGUCUGCUCUCACACCAAAACCCACCCCACCCGCACGCCUUUUUGGGGUUCUUCUUCUUUAUUUUUCCCACCUAACGCCCAAGCAAACACAAACCAAAACAAACAGGGAGAGGAGGGAGAAAGGAAAACAAGAACAACCAAAACCAAACCCAACCCCGAGCGAGCGCAAGCGAGCAAGCGAGCCAGGGCUCGGCCGCUCGGGCGCGGAGCAAGAGCCACAGCCCCGGGUUUUGGGUUCCUCUCGCCCCCCGCUCCGCACCUUCAACCCCCCCAACCCCAUCCUGCGCCCCGACUAUGCUAAAUGUUGCUGGGGAGCUCUCAGGAGACUCUUGGGGGAUCUUCACCUUCCUGUGUGCCGCGCUCUGCAACCUGCCGGCGCUGCCCGCCCUGAACUGCAGCGAGGAGCUGGGCGCCGGCCAGUCCAUCCAGAAAACCUACGACCUGACCCGCUACCUGGAGCACCAGCUCCGCACCCUCGCCGGCACCUACCUGAACUACCUGGGCCCCCCUUUCAAUGAACCCGACUUCAACCCGCCGCGGUUGGCACGUGCCACCGAACGCGUCCCCAGCGCCACGGUGGACCUGGACUUGUGGCGGGGGUUGACCGACAACGCCCGCUUGGCCGCCAACUACCGCGCGUACAGCCGGCUCCUCUGCUACCUGCGGGCGCUGGACGGGCAGGCGGGCACGGCCGAGCUGCGGCACCGCCUGGGCCACUUCUGCUCCAGCCUCCAAGGUCUGGUCCUCAGCAUCGCCGGCGUCAUGUCCUCCUUGGGUUACCCGCUGCCCGUUGGCCCCACUGGACCCUCGGUACCUCCCGGUACGUCAGUGGCACCCAAUGACUUUCUCAAGAAGAUGGAUGAUUUCUGGUUGCUGAAGGAGCUGCAGACCUGGCUGUGGCGCUCGGCCAAGGACUUCAACCGGCUCAAGAAGAAGGUGCCACCCGCUGUGGUGACGUUGCGCCUGGAGGCGAGGGGCUUCUGAGGUCCCCCCGCCUCGCCGGGAUGGGGAUGGGGCUCCUUACCUCGACGGGCCACCAUGUGUCCCCUCCGCCACCUCGCUGUGCCUUGCGGGAUGGGGUUCCUGACCCAAAGUGCCACCAAAGCCACCCCACAUCCCCACCGUCAUCACAGUGCCUUAAGGGAUGGGGGUUCUGACCCCAAAGUGCCACCAAAGCCACCCAUGUCCCCUCUCCAUCACCACACUGUGCCUUGAGAGUUGGGGCUCCUGACCCCAAAAUGCCACCACAGCCAUCCCAUAUCCUCAUCGUCACCUUGCUGUGCCUUGAGAGAUGGUACCCCUGACCCCAAACUGCCACCAAAACCACCCCACAGCCCCACCAUCACCACACUGUGCCUUAAGGGAUGGGGCUCCUGGCCCCAAAGUGCCAGCGUGGCCACCCCACAUCCUCUCUGUCACCACACUGUGCCUUAAGGGAUGGGGAUCCUCACCCCAAAGUGCCACCAAAGCCACCCGUGCCCCCUCUCCAUCACCAGCGUGCCCUGAGAAUUGGGGGUCCUGACCCCAAAGUGCCACCAAAGCCACCUCACUGUGCAUUGAGGCAGGGCGUGGUCCCACCGUGGUGUCCCCACGGCCAGACUGUGCCCACCCCCCUGUCUGCCCAGUGUCCCCACGGGGCUGUCCCCACACCUGUGGGGCUACAGGGGGCUCCAGCCUCCUCCCCUUGCGCCACAGCAGCAAUAAGCCCCACCCCAAGGGCUCCGCCCACCCUGGAAAGGACCAAUCCCCCAGAGUAUAGGAAUAAGCCCCGCCCCCAGCAACAAGUCCCGCCCCAGGAGCAAUAGGCUCCGCCCCUCCCCGGAUGGCAAUAAGCCCUGCCCACUGUGCAGCAAACUCCGCCCCCUUCCUACAGCAGGCUCCACCCCCAAUGCUCAAACCCCGCCCCUCCGAUGGUUGCCUAGCAACCCCCAGGGAGGGCGGGGCUCUGGGUCGCAGUGGGCGGGGCUGGGGGCGGGGCCCCAGGGCCGCUGUUCCGCUGCGUCUAUGCGUGUUUAUUUAUUGGAGAUGUUAUUUAUUGGGGUAUUUAUUGCAGAAGAUCUAUUCUUGUAUGAACGAAUAAAAGCCUUUCUCCAGCGCCCCGC